CGCGACACUUCGUAUCUGGGCUACGGAAUACUCCGCACAUCUCAGUAUAUCAACAUGCUUUCUCUCAAAUAUCCAGUUCUCGCUGUUAUAGCUUUGUCCAUUGGCACGGUCAACGCCAUCAUCGGUGAUGCCACCUGGUACACUCCCAAUGGCGACUACGGGGCAUGUGGUGCGCCCUUACAGAACUCUGAUUACAUCGUCGCGCUCGCCAGCAACCAGUACGCUGGAGGAGCGCGCUGCUGGAAGCAUAUCAGCGCAUCCUACAGAGGCAAUUUCGUAAACGCCACUGUUGGCGAUCUCUGCCCUGGAUGCCGUAACAACCAGAUUGAUCUCUCAUCGACCGCGUUCAAAAAACUCGCUCAUCUUGAUAUUGGACUGCUUCAUCACGUGACCUGGUACUACUAUGACUAG